GAGAGAGAUGGAGAGAGAUAGGGAAAGAGAGAGCGCUAGGGAGAGAGAUGGAGAAAGAGACAGAGAUAGAGAAAUUGUCAUCCCACCCCCAAAGACCACCCCCAAACUCGGCAUCACACCCACCGCUACCACAAAAACACCCACCCACACACACACUCAGCCCCCAUCCCUGUCCCCCUCCCCUAGCACAGGGCCCCCUCCAGCCCGGGACCACAAGCACCCCCCUGUCCCCUCAGCGGGUCCCACUCCUCCCCUGACCCUCUCACCCACUCUGUGGGACGGUCAGGGUACCCCCACCCCUGGAGUUAGACCCACCUCCAGAGUACCCCCUCAGCCUCCUGUUCCGCGGCCCAGAGUCCCCCCAGCUACCCCGGGCAGACACCCACCACUGCCCCCCUCUAACACCACCAGCCUGGCUCGCCCCCCCAUGCUGCGACCUCCAGGGAGGGACCCCAUAAAACCACCACCACCACCACCUGUGACCGAGGUCCCCAGCAACCGACCGACGACCACUACCAAGGCAACCACUGUUACCACGACAACCCCUGGCACCCUGGCGAGCAUCACCCGGACUCCCCCAGCCCAGGCCCCUCCGGGACGCCAGUACCUGUGUAACGUCACCAAGCCUGACAUGUACCUGGUCAGAGUGGUCCUGCCUAAGUCUGGCUCCACUGUGGGCUUUGGCCAGGUCAGGGACAUCUUGAAGAGGGAGUUCAACCGCUCAGUGGAGCUGCAGUUCCUGAGAACUCCGUCUAGCUUUGCGUUCCGUGCUGUGGCGGGACCUCUGAUCUUCACCGCCAUGUCUGUCAUCAACGCUCUGCGCCAAUCAACACGAAGCUCCUCCUCCUUCCCCACUGUCUCAGCCCUCUAUGGCAUACCUGAUCACAAGUACCAGAUACACUCUGUGCUGCAGUUUGUGCCCAGUCACGUGGAUGUGCGUGUGUGUAACUUCAGUGAGCGAGUGGAGAGAGGACUGCUGAUGGCCUUCACAGAGACACGCAGACGCACACAUGAAGUUGGCAAUGUUACUGUACAGCUUCUGAACAUCACCAUGGGUCAGGCCAAGCCACAGGGUGACCAGAAGAUUCCGGUGGACAUCACGUUUGCGGUGCGUGACGGGCGGGGCUACCUGUUGGGGUCAGAGGUCAGCGGUCACCUGAGACACCUCAGCACGGUGGAGUUCAGCUUCUACCUGGGCUUCCCCACGCUGCAGAUCGCUGAACCCUUCCACUACCCCGAGCUGAACGUUUCUCACCAUCUACGCUCCUCCUGGGUCCGCACAGUGUUACUGGGUGUCCAGGAGCAGACGGUGACUGAGCGGAGCUUCAAGGCUCGUCUGGAGCGCCGUCUAGCCCUGCUGCUGGAGGAGGGGCUAGGGGAGGGGACUAAACGACCCCGCUGGAAGAGAUCCACCGCCGUGGGUAACAACAGCUUACAGGUGGUGCGUGUGUCGAGACUGGCAGGUUCAGGGCAUUCUCUGGAAGUAGUGUAUUUCGUGGAGGGACCAGGGGGAGAGAGAGUUCCUGCUGAUACCACCGCUGCCACCCUCAACCGCCUGGAGCUGCAACGGGCUGCCAUCGUACUGGGGCACCGCGUCCAGAGACCCCUUGCCCAACCUGUGGAGACCCUCACAGUGCCCCCGUCUGAGACUCAGAGCAGCAGUGUCUGGCUGAUUGUGGGGGUGGUGGUGCCUGUCCUGCUGGCUAUCUUCAUCAUCAUCAUCCUCUACUGGAAACUGUGCGGCUCGGAGAAGCUGGAGUUCCAGCCUGACGCCAUCAACACCAUCCAACAGAGACAGAAGCUGCAGGCUCCCAGUGUGAAGGGGUUUGACUUUGCCAAACUCCACCUGGGGCAGCACAGUAAGGAUGACAUCAUGGUGAUCCAGGAGCCUGGUACCCUCCCUGUGCCCAUCAAAGAGGCCUCCCCCUCUGAGGGAGGGGAUCUCAACACUCCCAAAUCCAAGGGCUCCUCCACCAAGGCUGCCCGCGCUAACCGCCGUAGGGGGAGACUGUCCCCGUCAGAUGGUGACUCGUUAGGUAGCGACCAAUCGAGUGGCAGAGAGUCUGCAGAGGAGACCACCAGACAUGUGGCCACGCCCCACGAGGGGAAACCGCACCGAAACAAAACACCCAAGAAUGGGAGGAAUAAGAUGGUCCCUCCCACGGGCAGUGGUCCAGAUGAGCUGCUCUCCUCUUCCUCCAUCUUUGACCAUGUGGACCGUCUGUCCCGAGGCUCGUCUGACGGCAGGGGUCGCCAGACCAACAAGGUCCAGUUGAUUGCCAUGCAGCCCCGGCCAAGCCCACCACAACAUUCACACAGCCCCACCAUCACAGAGAGGGUCAGCGCAGAGGUGGCUCUGAGACAUAAGUCGGAGAUCGAGCACCACAGGAACAAGCUGCGUCAGCGGGCUAAGAGGCGGGGCCAGUGUGAGUUCCCCUCUAUGGAUGACAUCCUGGAUGCCUUCGGACAGGCGCAGGAGGAGGCUGGGCAGGGAGGGUGUCCCCAGCGCCUCUACAGCUCAGCCCAUGACCACAUGGACAGCAUCAUGCAUCCCGACCACCCCUCGCCCCCCACCCCAGGGGAAUCCAGGAAGAGGGGGAGGCGCUCUCCUCGGGGCCGGCGGAGGCAGCAGGGAAACGGCAGUCUGCCAGACACAGACAGACUGACGGACAGAGACCGCCUGCUCACAGACCACAGCGCCACCUACAGGAAAUACCCUGGACUCAACAACGUGGCCUACAUGUCGGACCCAGACCUACCUCCAGACCACGGCAGCCCCUCCCCUAACGACGAGGUGUUUGACCACGCCCCUCCCCCGCCCCCCUACGUGCCCCCCCAGCCGUCCAUCGAGGAGGCGCGGCAGCAGAUGCACUCCCUAUUGGACGAUGCCUUCGCCCUGGUGUCGCCCUCCUCCCAGGGCAGCGUCAGUGUUGGGGUCAUGCAGGUCAGCCCCGCCCUGCCAAGCCCCACUCCCUCCCCACAGACACGCCCAUCACGCCAGUGGGGCUCCUACCCCGUAGCCCCCACACACAGCCCCUUCUCUGCGAGGUAUGGAGAGUUAGGGAUGUCUCCCUCGUCAGUACAAGGCCUGUUGCAGAGGCAGGGCCUGGGUUCGGGGGCCUAUGUUACUGCAGAGGAGCAGCAGCUGCAGGAGUCUGUCUACGCCAACAGAGGGCAGGAUGAAGAGCCUCCCUCCUCCUCCAGACCUCGGCCUGUUGGGGGGAGCACAGGUGCUCAGCUGCAUCACCUGACGCAGGUGGGUUUGUCGAGCCGGAUCAGUGCGUACCCCGGGGUGGGCCGCAGCGUCUCUGGGCCAACAGGCUCCAGCUGGAACCAGCAGCCUUUAGACCAGGACCGCUCCAGACCUGGAGCCAGCAGGGAGAGUGUGCUGUCGUUCCCUGAGUUCUCCUCCUCCGCUGUGUUUCAAAUGCCCAGCUCCUCUCUUGGAGACCAUUCUGUCCCACCGAUGCUCCUGGCCCCUCCCACUCCAGAGUUCCCCAUAGACGAGACCUCCCCCUCAGCCCAGAGCUCCGCCUCCCUCAUCAAGGCCAUCAGGGAGGAGCUACGACGGCUCGCCCAGAAACAGGUUGCUGUGGCCGGCAGCUACUCCUAAACCAGUGUGAGCCCCUACCCCAUAACUGGUCAAAACUACUGACUCUAAACAGGUCCGAACCAGUUUGAACUACUCAUCCUAAACAAGUAUGGACCGACCGCAACCACUACCCCAAACUAGUAUGCAACAGUCAGAACCACUUUCCCUAAACUGGUCUAAAGAGGCUUACACUGCUAUUCAUAAGCUGGUCUGAACAAGACUGAACCAGACUGCAACAGAUACGAUUUCCUUACAACAAUAACAUCACGGUUCUUUACAGGGUUCUUCUCUCUGUAAAGGUUCCUCGUUCUACAGCACAGUGUUUCCACUGGACAGGAGGAUCGAGUUUGUUUUCUUCAGAGUUCCAUAGAAGUGCUUCCGUGAGAGGGGCCGUCUCUGCCCUUCCUGACCUCCUGUAUGUGGUGCUAAACGUCAGCCUAAUGUCUCCUGUCAUUAAGUUAACCACGCAUUGCCUUCAACACACAUUCAUCAUCAGCCAUGUUGGUGAGAUCUUCUCCAUUCAUCAGCCAUAUUGGUGAGGUCUUGCACUGUAGAGAGAGUUGGAGACUUGGAGUGUAGUAUACUUUGGGCAUGGGGGACUUGAAUAUAUAGAUGAAAAAAGUAUAUACAAAUGAAAAUAUUAUAUGUAAAGAGAUGUAAAAAUCCUAAAUGAGCACAAUAUUAAUUUAUAAGAGUGACCAAUGGAGUAUUGAAAUUGUAUUUAUUUUUUAUUGCUCUGAAAGUAUACUUUAAAUCCUUUAUUUUGUUCCCACACCCCCCCCCCAAAAAAAAGACCAAUACUGUUUGGAUGUUCUAUGGCUGUAUUCUCCCUGUGUUUGCGCUCGCUGUUGCCAUGGAGCUGAUCAUAACGUUGUUUAUCGCAGUGGAGACGUUGCAUAGCAUAGUUGCUCGCUGCUCGUGUGUUCAUGUGUUGAUGGUACAAAAAUGAAAAAAAUACAUGGAUUAUGCUUUGCCGAUAUAUAGCGCUUUUCGGUAGGUGGCAAAAGACUUGACAUGGGGCUAACCUAUCCCAUCCACCACCAAUGUGACCUUCUGCAGCAUAACUAUCACAGAACAAAGGCAUUUCUAGGAUGACAAUUGACUUUGUCAAAUUGUGAUAGUGUUUCUCUUGGUGGGAAGAGAUGGAAAACCACUCAUGCUUGACAACCACAGAAAAUAGGCUACCUGUGAAAUGUAAGAUUUAAAUAGGAAUGACACCUACAUGUCCAAUUUCCCCCCAAAUAGCUUCCUUUCCUCAUCUCCUUUCCUUGGUCAACUCUUAUCCAAAUGGAUUCAAAGGUGAACCUCUGGAAGGAGGUGGAACUAGAAAACCAAGCCAUUUACGACAAAUGGACAUACUGUACUGUAGUAGUUGGUGGGUUUGGUGGUGGUUAAGAAGUGAUCUUUGUCGCCAUCUGCUGGUAAUAUGGCUGCAUGGCUGGCUUCCAUCUCUGCUUCAGGCUGUUUUCUCUGGUCUAAUUGUAUUGGGUUUGGUCAAUGGUCAGUAAUGUGUGGGUUUAUGCAGGCGAGAGAAGGUUUGCCCAUCCAGCUCUGUGCUCUAGCUAUCUACAGCAUGUUGACUAAGUUUGAGGCUUUGGCUAGCUAGCUAUUAGUGAUGUGACAGUUAUUGUUGUCUUCUCUCAGGCAUGCUGCUAAAAUAAGUUUAAAAUUGUUUUUAAACAAAAGUUAAACUGAAGAGUUAUAACACACAAGUAAAGAGUGAGUAGUGUUAUACAGUGCCAUCCGAACCUGAUCCAUCCAAGCACAUAAUACAUCAUGAUAAUCAAGCAGUAGAAAAGAUACACUAUGUAAGUGGCAUUCUGUUAUACUCUUGUUUUGCCUUUCUAAUAAUAUUUUUGAACCUAAAUGAAAAUUGAUAUGACAAUAAAUACAGUAUAUAAAAGAAAAUAAAUAU